AUGUCGUUUAAUGGCAUGAAUUUGGAAGAGUACUUCAACUUGUCCCAGGUACAGCGGGAUGCGAUCGAACAAAGGUACCGUAGCAGAUCACGGGCAGCUGUGGGUUCGAGUCCAUCCGGCGUUUUCAAACCAUGGAGGAGAAACGACGACCAAGCAUUGGCCGAAGCACGAGGUCUCGUCAAGCGCCUCGAAGCCCAGAAAUCCGCUGCCAAACAAGCGGAGCAACUGGCGUUGGUCAGAGGAGAAGCAAAGCGCAAAGAAGCUGAGCGGAAAGCAGCAGAAAAUGCAGGAGCGGCAGCCACCAAUGACGCAAAGAUGGCGGAGGGCAAUGCGAGAAUUGCUAGAAAUUCCGAAGCUGCGAGGCGAGCGUAUGCUCAGAAACCGCUACGGAAAAUGAACGGCAUGAGGAACAAUGUCCGAGUCAUCCCAGAUCGUGUUGCUAUCGGUCGAAUUGGAAAGGAGUUUCCGUUCACCAAGAUGCAAUUUCCUAGAGGCUUCCCAGGUGGUCAAAAUCGUUGCUACCGGAAUUCAAUCUUACAAUGUGUCUUUCAUACUCCCGAGUUCUAUCAUCUCAUGGGUAACAUUCAUAAAGAUUGUCCAUAUGAGACUCGUGAGUGCCUGACUUGCGCUCUUCAGUACAUGCUCACGACAUAUUGGAACGGAACAGGAUAUCCAGUAGAACUCGUGACCCGCAGUGAUGAGCUCUUCGAGGCGAUCAAGAUUAAUUUCACCUACAAAGGAGACUUGGACAUCAUUAACGGGUUACAAGCCGAUCCAUUCGACCUCAUAACUAGUUUCGUCCGUUACAUUGAGCGAGAUAUCACUGGAUCCGAUCCAAACACCCCGCUUGACCUUCCCAUACGAGACGCCGAGGUCAACUCGAACAAUUUCACUGUUCCAAGUGUAUUCGAUGUCGACUACAUUGAGAGCUGGACAUGUGUAGAUUGCAAUGAGCACCAUCCGGCCCCCGCCGUGAGCGCAUUCGGGCUUGACAUCAAUGUUUUGGAAGUGCAAGAGGUCCGCAGGAUAGAGGAUUAUCUCGAAGAUUACGAAAUGAGUCCAUUCUACAGCCGUCAACCUUAUCGUUGCGACAGCGAGGCCUGCCGUGUACGAGCCCUCCAGCAUGGAUACGUUGCCCCAGACCAGCUGAGGAGAAAGCUUAUAGUAAACGCCCCAGAGAUACUCGUAGUCCGGCUGAACCGUGUCAAAGACGAGGAUGAAGUGAAUAGUCAACGCAUCGUAUAUCAGGAGCAGCUCGAUCUUACGAGAUACUCAGCAUCGGGAAACGACAUCAGAUACAAACUCAGGGGAAUCGUGGACCACAUCGGAAGCACUCAAAAUGGUCACUACACUGCGGCAGUUUUGUGCAGGCCUUUGACAUUCCUACCGGAGCAGGGAUCUCGGUAUUGCAGAGUCAACGAAACGUCUUUGGGGCCGCUAAUGUCCGAUGCGAGGGAUCUUUUGAACCCGGAGGAUAGAGAUGUUUACGUUUUGGUAUAUAGCAAAGUGCCGUAG